CAAGAUGGCUGCUGCGGGGGCAUUCGCGUACUGAGUGCUAGCGCGGGGAUGGAGACGUGUAGACUGAGUUCGAAAUGAAGGUCCCAGCUCUUUUCUUGUUUUGUGUGUGUAUGUGUUGUGUGUGUGUGUGUGUGUGAAGCGGGGGGUGGUUGAGGAAUAGGUGUGUGUGAACACCGGAGUGCGCGAGAUGAGGGCAUUCCCGGCCUUUAGUCCGCCAGGCUCUAGUCUCAAAGACAAGGCCUCCGGACGUGAGCGAGCUCCUAGGAUUUAUUCCGGGAACGUUGUAAUAGAGGCCAGGUCAGCGUCAGAACAACGCUGCUUAGAGCGAUCCUUGUGGCUUCGCUGGAGAGCGGACUGCAGAGGCUCUCGUUCCCUCGUUUCUGGGCACUCAAGAAGGUGACUCCCUAGUGCUGGGGUUCUCAGGGAAUGGAGCUUGCACGGAUGUUAAUCCCUGUUUCUAAGGCAAUCAUGGAAGCAGAGCAGAUCCAUGCUUCAAAAACGCUCACCGUGGGGAUUCCUCCAGGCCGCCGAGGGUAUUCCCUACUUCAGGGCGUUCACAGAGAGUGUCUUAGCGGCGUACGGUGGGGACCCAGCUCAAGACUCCGACGGAGGGAAUCCCAGCCGCCGGAGAAGGGACUCCUAUCCCUCCCACCCCCCCGAAUCCUGUUUAUUCAUUGCCUUGAGAUGGGUUCUUAGAGAUUCCGGUAAGGGAUGGGGGUAGUUAGAGGCCCUCGCUGGAGUCGGUAAAUGAGUAUUUGCAUAUUCAUGUGUUUAUUGUCUACCGGAGGGGAAUGCAAAUUUAGUCAUUGUAAUGUAAAGGAAUUCUGGAAUGCUUUUGGGGGGGAAAUGUUGGGCAGUCUGAGAUAGUUGAGUGUGCUUGCUUAAAAAUGAACUGAGUUUAGGGAAAGCAACUUCUCAUUGAGUCACUGAAAAUAAGGCCAGUUUUGCAGAUCUGUUGGACACAACGACCACAGUGGCUGUACGCGCUAAGUCUGCAACUCCAUAGCUCUAACCAAAGCUGUUUAGGUUGGUAUUGACAAACUGUGUAGCGCUUACUUUACUGGGUAGAGUUGGAUAUCAACUCAAAAGUGUGCAAGGGAAGAGGCCAGUAUCUUAAAUAGAGAGGGGUUAACUGAAUUUCAGUGCCUCUGUGGAUGAUGGAUUAGCAACCCCACUAACAAGUCUGCUAGUGCCAUAGUCUUUUCUACAAACUAGCUCCUGCUUGGGGUUCCUCAGCUGCUUAAACCCUGAGCUCAUCAUCUUUGCUGCUUGCGUGAAGUAUCCUUUAACCACGGUGUGGUGUCUUUUCACAUGAGGACAUUGUCACAUAUGUCCUCUCACAGUACUAUUUCUCCUACACUCUGACUUUCCUGUAAAGCAUUUGCCAGUUGAUUGGCCUUCCUGCUCCAGUCACCCUGAGCCCUGUGGUUCUCUUUGGGCCUGUAAAAUGCUUCCCUCAGCUGCUUUGCCUUCCCUGGGAAAUUUCACUAAAUACCAGCAAGUUUUGUCUUUUCCUUUUGCUCAGGUGAUAAUUUUUAUUUUUUGAAUUUUCCAGAUUAUGUUUCUCUGUGUAUCGUGGAUUGUUAAUAGGCUGCUUAUGGUGGCACACCUAGAGGCAAGUGGAUCUCUAUGAGUUUCAGGUCAGCCAGGGCUAUGUAGGGAGACCCUGUCUUUAAAAAGUGUGUCCCACCAUGCCCAGCUCAGGUGAUCUUGUAAAUUAGGGAUUCUUUUUUUUUUUUUUUUUCUUCUUUUUUGGAGCUGGGGACCGAACCCAGGGCCUUAUGCUUGCCUAGCUAGGCAAGCGCUCUACCACUGAGCUAAACCCCAACCCCCGUAAACUGGGGAUUCUUAAACUUUCUACCUUCAAUCCCUUUAUGCAUAGGAUUUUUUUCAUGCUACUCUGGGUAUAUGAUAUAUAAAAUAGAUGUACAAAUCAAAUAUUAACUGAUAAUGGAAUUUUAUAAUGGCCUUCUCCUAUUUUACCAUUAAGGAGAAAAGCAAAUUUUCAUUCUAAAGAGAUGUAUGUGCUUGCUUAUUUUUGCAUUAAGUGUUAGCCUUGGGGCUGGAGAAAUAAUGUCUCGGAGAACUGAAUUUAAGUUACCAGUACCUAAGGCAGCUCACAGCCACCUCACUCCAGUUUCUGGAGAUCUAAUAAUCUCUGGCCUCUGGGCACUUAUGUACACAUAAAUAGAAAUCAAUCUGUGGGGGUUUUGUUUUAUUUUGAGACAGGGCCUCACAAUGUAGCUCUGGCUGUCCUGGAACUCACUAUGUAGACCAGGCUAGCCUUUGAGUCACAGAGAUCCUCCUGCCUCUGCCUCUCAAGUGCUGGUGUGUGCUACUGUGUCUGACAAAUCUUUUAAAAAAGAUUUUUUUUUCUUUUGUGGCUGUAUGAAGUGGCACAGGCCUUUAAUUUGAGUAUUUGAGUUCAAGGACAACCUGCUAUAUAGUUCCAGGUCAGCUAGGGCUACAUAGAGACAACCUCUGUCCAAAAAAAAAAAAAAAAGCCUAAAUAAAUUCUUUUUCUAAGAUUUACUUUUGUGUAUUUGGAGGCCAGAAAAGGAUGUCAGAACCCCUGGAACAGAGUUUGUAAGUAGUUUUGAGCCCUCUCACUCCCCUAUGAAUACUAAGAACCAAACUUCAUUUCUAGAAGAAGAGUGACAGGAUCCAGUCCAGCCUGCAACUUUAUUUUUUGAAAGACAAGGUUCUCCUUUGUGUGUGCUGCCUGCAAGAGUGACAGUGAGUUAGAGUCUCCUGUUCUACCCUGUGGUGCUGGGGACUGAAUUCAGAGCAUGGUACGGUACAUACCCAGACCAGCAGUUCACCACAUAACUGACUACAUCUUGUCCUGAUCUUGAUCUUUUUAUUCAUUGGCACAGCUCAAGUCAGUAAUUCCAACAGCAAUUUUUUUUUUUUUUAAAUUUAUUAGUACAUUGUUGCUCUCAGAUCUCAGAUGGUUGUGAGCAACCGUGUGGUUGCUGGGAAUUGAACUCAGGACCUCUGGAAGAGCAGUCAGUGCUCUUAACCGCUGAGCCAUCUCUCCAGCCCCCCCAACAGCAAUUUUUGAAAUUAAAAUUCUAAUACUAUCCAAAGAUUACUAAUUUGACACUCUCAUGCUGUAAGGAAGUUUUUAAAAGUAAAUAAUUAUCUUCCUUCCUUCCUUCCUUCCUUCCUUCCUUCCUUCCUUCCUUGAGAGAGUCUCAUUUGUUUAGGCCAGGCUAGUCUUGAACUCAGAAAUCUACCUGCCUCUGCCUCUGCCUCCCAAGUGCUGGAUUAAAGAUUUUUUCACCACUGCACCUGGCUUCUAUUACAUUUCUUUAAGAGCAUAAACUUUAUAUAGUAAAAAUAUUGUAGUUCAUAACAAGCAGUAGUCUUAAAUAUGAUCAAGGUGUGUUUGUUGGUGUUUCCUGGCAUGUAAAAUGAACAUGUUUUAUAUUCAAGACCAAGAUGGCAGCGCCCAGAGAAAUUGCUCAGCACUUGCUACCCUUGAUAAGGACUUUGAUUUCUGGCCCCAACACAUGGUAGCUCAUAGUCACUUAUGUUCCAGGGAAUCUAAUGCCCUCUUCUGAACUCUACAGGCAUCUGACACAUGUGCACAGACACACAUUCACAUAAUUUAAAAAUAAUAAAUGUUUUAAAAGAACCAAGACGCAGUUGAUCAGUACACCAUGGGUGAACCCUUUUAGAAACACCUAAGAAUCAUUAUGUAUUUCAUUUUGAUUUGUUACGUGCUUAGAAACUAUGGUUGUUGCUAAAUUUGUCAUAACCUCCCCCCAUUUCAGAUAUGGAACCCCAUAUAGGAUUGCAGCUCACAGUUUGAGAAGUAGUUCUGGAACUGGAGAGAUGGCUCAGUCGUUAAGGGCACUCCCGCUCUCAUAGAGGACCCAAGCUCAGACCUCAGUGCUCACUUGGAAUUAUUGGCUGUAACUCAUUUCGGGGGAUUGGUCUCCCUCUUCUGGCCCUCGUGAGCACCUUGCCUGUGCACAUGGUACACAUACAUGCAGAUAUAGGCAAAACACUCACACGUGCGCGCGCGCGCACACACACACACACACACACACACACACACACACACACACACACGGUAAUGCAGAGGAGACAGGGUCAGCCUGGUCUAAACAGUGAGUUCCAGGAUAACCAGGGUUAUUGAGAGAAAUGGUGUCUCAAAGAAAAAAAGAGUUCUAAACUACUAUCUUCCUUGGCUCUCAACAGCCCACCCCAUGUUGCCAUUGUCUUAUAUCAUGAUUCCCCUAAAAAUAAGGUUUAUCGUGCUGUGGAGAUGGCUUAUUCAGUAAAAUGUUUGAGCAAAGGGACCUGAGAUUGAUCCCUGUGUACAAAAACUGAUACUGUAGCUGCUGUUAUCCCAGUGCUAACAGGCCGACAUGAGGACCCCGGGACUUCCUGGCAAGCCCAUGUCUCUGAACUGGUGAGCUCCAGAUUCAAUGAGGGGGUCAUUCUCAAAAGUAAGAGACUGAGGAGGAUACCUGACCAGCAUUGACCUCUGGCCUCUCCCUGCCCAAGUACACAUGUGCAACUUCACAUACACACGUGAAUGAAUGAACAUGCACCAAAAAUAGUAACAUUCUUAUGUACUGACAUGUCAGUUAAUAAAAGUACAUUCUAGGUACUUCAUAUGGCUGUUACUAGGGAAUAAAUGAGUGCAUGUGCCAAGGCCCUUCUCCAGUGUGAAUACCAGCAAAGGAGGGAGUCGAUAGCUCAUUUGUGGUUUUUCUUUGUGUGUGGGUGAGUAUACACCCAGGAAUGCAUAAAGGCCAGAGGAGAUGGCCUGUGUUCUCUUGGCUCUGCCUUAUUUCUUCAGGACAAGGUCUCACUCACUGAACUAUAAACUAAGCCAGUAGCCAGCAAGCUCCAGCAAUCCUGUCUUGCCUGUCACCACCAUCCACAGCACUGAGGUUAUAGGCAUGAACUUGUACCUGUCCCUACUUGAGUGUCAAAUGCUCUUACCCACUGAGCUCCAUCCCCAUGAGCCAAUUUUUGUUUUAGGCUUUGAAAUGCAUUUGAGUUUGGGGUACACGUGGGAAUGUUCCAGGGACCAGGUGAAAGGGUAGAUCCAGUUGAGUAGAGGUGGGUUUCCACAGUAUGUGUGGAAUAGACAGGACGGUGGGGUAGAAUGAUGGCCGAUGUACAGUGGCAUCAAGGACUUAAGAGUAGAAAAUAGGUGGGCAUGUCCUGGGACAGUUGCCAAGGUGACAGGAAUGUCAGCCUGGUGCAUUCAUUAACUAGCUAAGCUUCCUGUGUGCAAUAGGUGGACCUGGGGAAGAGAAGUCAUAAAAAUGUGACCGAGGUAGGAGAGGUACCACUGUUCUGCAAACCAAGGCAGAAAUUUGAAGUUGUUUCAGUGUGAAAGAGUAGCAGCUCUCAAGCCUGGCUGUAGUGAUACACGCCUUUUAUCUCGGCACUUGGGAUGCAAAGGCUGAUCUUUUGAGUUUAAGGACAGCCAGGGCUACACAGAAACCCUGGUUUUGUAUUUGGGGGUAGGGAUAGAUAGCAGUUCCCUGAGAGAGAGAGAUAGCACAACGGGUAAGAAGUAUAUGUGCUUGCUCCACCAUGGCCUAAUGACCUGUGUAGUAGACCCUGGGAGCCAUGUAAAGGAAGGCAGAAAAGACGCCACCACGCCUACUUUGGUAAUGUGCACACCACAUUAAUAAGAGAGAGAACAUCAUCAAGGGGCUGAAGUGAUAGCUCAGUGGUAGAGAGAGCACUUACACAGCACAAACACACGAUAAUGGAGUCAACCCUCAGCACUGAAUAAUCAAAUAGCAUGGAGUUUUAUAAAAGGGAAAAGCAUUCUGAGGAUAAAAUACAAAAUGCUUCCAUUAGGUAAAUAACCAGGGGGGCUGGGGAUUUAGCUCAGUGGUAGAGCGCUUACCUAGGAAGCGCAAGGCCCUGGGUUCCGUCCCCAGCUCCGAAAAAAAGAACCAAAACAAAAAACAAACAAACAAACAAACAAAAAAAAAACAGGUACCAAGAUGCCAGCUGCGUUUUGUAGAAUAACUUUUUUUUUUCUUGGAGCUGAGGACCGAACCCAGGGCCUUGCUCUACCACUGAGCUAAAUCCCCAACCCCGUAGAAUAACUCUUACCCUCUUGAGACUGGGUCUUCUUCAGCUGGUAGACCAAGCUGUCUUUGAACCACAGAGACCAGCCUGCUGCUUUCCCAGUUCUGGAAUUAAAUCCAGAACUACAUCGUUUCCAUGGAUGCUUUCCUUUACUUCCCCCCUCCCCCCAAAGUAAGCCCUUGGAUUCUUUAAUCCUUGGCUUCUGUUGAAGAGAGCUGCAAAAGAGCUACACAUUUGUAUCGCUUCCCCCUUUUUCUAUAAAUCCUGACAUCUUAGCUGUAGGGGUAUUACAGUGGUUAAAAGCCCUUGUUGCAGGGGAUCCAAGUUCAAUUACCAGCCCAUACGGUGGUCACAGUCACCCCAAACUCCGAAUUCCAGGGAAUCUGACUCCCCUUUCUGACUUAUGUGGGGGCCCUAGGCAUAGCACAUGGUUGGACAUUCAUACAUGCAGGCAGAACACUUGGGAAAUAAACCAGAAAAAGAAGGAUCAUUGACCUUUUUUUUUUUUUUAAACUUAUUUUAUGUAUGAGUACACUAUAGCUCUUUUCAUGAACACCAGAAGAAAACAUCAGAUCCCACUACAGAUGGUUGUGGGUUGUGGUUGCUGGGAAUUGAACUCAGGACCUCUGGAAGAGCAGCCAGUGCUCUUAAUUGCUGAGCCAUCUCUCCAGCCCUGACCUCUAUAGGCAGGUUUGCACAGAUUCUGUUCUGUGGACCGGACAAUUUGUGACAUAAGCCCUCUUUGUUGUUACUUUUUUUUCUUCUUUUUCUUUGAGACGGGUCUCAGUGUUUCCCUGGCUGUCUUGACUGGUUUUUGUACUUUUUUAUGUCUUAAGAGAGUGUUUCACUCUGUAGCCAAGGUUGUCCUGGAGUUCACAGGUCUUCUUGCUUCAGCAUCCUCAGUGCUUGCAAUACAGAUGUCACUACACCUGGUUACAAAGUCUAUGAAUUGUUUUCUUGGCUCUUUUCUGUGCUGCCAGUACCUUGUGCUCUCUGUACUGUGAUGGUCGGUGUUGGAUCUCAGCUGUGUACAGAUGUACCACUGCCAGAUAAAGAUCUGCUGCAAAUUGGAAUCUGCUGUUCUUACAGUGAAAUCAAAGACAGAUGCUUUACUCUAUUCCACUUCAUACAAAGUUGCUGAUUUGUUUGUUAUAGGAUUCUUCAGUGCUGUGCACAUUUUAUCUAAAGUUAGCUGUUAAGAUCACUCCAUACCUAGCAUGUCCCUAGAGUGGCUCCUGGUUCAAUCUCCAGCACUGUACAUAAUAAAAUGAACUAGAAGUUAAAUGUUGGGUUUUAGUUUUUUUAUAUUUAAAUUUUUUAAAUUUAAUGUGUAUGAGUGUUCUGCAUCUAUUAUGUGUACAUACAAUGGGUGCCGGGUGCCUGGUGUCCAAGGAGGCCAGAAGAGGGCACUGAAUCCCCGGAACCGGAGUUUUUUGUCUCUUUGUGGAUGCUGGGAACAUAACUCAAGGGCAGAGUUGAGGAAUCAGGGUAGGCUCCUUGACAAGAAUCAGAAAGGUGGUAUUGAAGGAUCUCACCAAGGGAAGCAGACGCAGCCUCCUAUUGUACUGGAAGCCCCACGAGCUGGCAUGUAAUCUUGGGACAUGUUAGAAAGAAAACUACUCAAGACCUGGACUUCUGAAUGGAGCAUUAAAGGCCUCUACAGUGUGAGAGAGGGCUUACUAGACUGGAGCACAUGUUCGUUCUUCCAGGAAGCCGAAGUUAGGACAUAAGUCUGGCUUCCAAGCCUUGUGUCUGUGCAUACAUAAAUAAGCUGGUUGUAUGGGGCAAAGCUGAGCGCCUACCCGGUGUUAACUGCUCUCUGGGCAAAGUGGCUAGUGUUCACAGUACUGUAAGAGAGUAAAGGCCUCUCUCCGGUUUCCUUAAGUAAUUUGGGGGACAGUGAAGGAAUGUCACUGUAGUAAGCGCUAGAGGGGGGGGGGGAUAUCCUUAAAUGCCUUCGUGAGGAGGCUGGGGGUUAGGGGGUCCGGCCCUCGUAGGCACGUAUGCCAAGGCAUUGGCUCCUGACUCCUGGUUGGUAUUUAGGAAGAAAUGGACGGGGCAAGGGUGUUUCUAGCAAGGAGUAAAGCAGAGUUAAGUCCCAGGGAAUUCCUGUUGGGCGGAUGCCCUUCCCGGCCCCGCAUACUCCCUGCAAUAGGCCAAGAGCUGCGCGGCCCGCAAAGGGACUUUGGAGUUUUCCUGGCUCCUUCCCACCGGAGUCUGACGCUGGUUUACCACGAAGCACCAGUCCCCGUAGGCGCAGAGGGUUUCUAAAGCUUUUGGAAUACUGGGCAGAGUGCUGUUCCAGGAUAGCUCGAGGAAUCUCUUCAUGGCAUUGGCUCCUAGCUUAGCCCCUUGGUUCGGGAAUCUGUCAAGCGUGCCCAGCCGAUUAGGCUGGCGCUCCGAGGAGCCCCGGUGGCGCAUGCGUGUAAGAAGGGCGGCACGGCCGCUCUAGCCUCACCACGUCUCGGUGGCCGGUUGAUUUCUUCCGCUUGCCGCGCGGCCCACCGCUCUAGGACGGUAGUCUCGCUGGUCUCCGCUCUAGAUCAGUGGUAGGUCUGGAAAUGGCUGCGGGAUCCCUGCGGCCGGGGUAAGUGGCUCUGUGCAGCGAAGGAGGGCGGGAGCCGUGUGGACCUGAACGGCAUUUAGGAUCGGGGCAAGGCGGAGCGACGCCAUGCCGGCAGCCUAAUCCUGGCGAGCGGUGCAAUGGCGCCGAGAAAAUGGCGUCGCGGUCCGUGAGGCCCUUUCCGGCCCCGGGCCGAGGGAUCGCGGAGGAGCGCGUGAGGCCGGGCGGGCGGGCGGCCUGCCUGCGUCUGGUUUCUGUCUAAUCACUGGUUGGCUUGUGUAGUCCAGGCUGGUCUGGGUCUGGGAGGCUGUGGAGCCCUUGAUUGUGAUUCGGGGUUAGGGGCCCAGCCAGCCUCUCGCGGCCGCAGGUCCUCAACACUGGUAGAACACUCGUGGUAGGACGCGAUCGGGCCUAGGCGCGAAUUCGCGGGAGUAGGAGCAGAUAUCUCUUGGGGGUGGGGGGAGGCUUCGGGGAAGACCAAGGCCCAGCCCCUCGUAGGGCCUGGGCGUUGCCUGGGCUUUCAUUGCCUCUUGCCAAUGUUGGUGGCCAGGUGUGGGUUAAUGUAGAUUGAUCUCAGCAGUAACUCUUGAGUAAGAGGCCCUGGGUUUGAUUUGGAAUGUUGUGUAUAUUUGAUUUUCCACAAAAGGAUGUUCCUUGUUACACUUGAUUAAGUGGAGUGAGUUUGUCUGUCGGGCAAACUCAGUUGUGUACAGAUGAGAAACAGCACACAAAAAAGGUUGUGUAAUUGAUGACCCCCUGCCAGCACUCAUGACCGGCACUUUUCCUCCUGGCACUCAGUGCAAGUGUAGCAUCACAAUAGCUUGCUGAGAACGUGUGCUAGGGAACCUGAGGAAAGCUCAGGUAGGUCUUGAAGGCGAGAUGGGAUGUCUUCCUAUCUUUUGUCGUUCGCAGAAGUUUUCUAUUGUCAGAAAAGCUCUCUGGACCUCUGGAGCUUGGUCAAGAGGCAGUCCCCACUGUCCCUUUGGUUGUUUGAAGCUCCGGAAUCUUCUCAUUGAUGAACUGUGACUGACAACAGUGUGGUGAGGCUUGUCCAUCUGCUGGACUUGGCCUCAGGUUUAUUAUUUUAUGUAGGAUUUUCAGCCAAACAUUUCCAAGCUUUCAGUUUUGGGACAGGUUUUUUGUUUUUAUGCAGUCCUUCUCUUAAAAUGGAACAUGCAGUAGAGUCAUCCGUCAGCAGCAUUUAAAUGCAGCUCAAUCCUGCACAGCCAGGAAGAGGAUUCUCAAGGUAUGGAUGAUAAAGGGGACCUGAGCAAUGAGGAAGCACCCAAGGCUAUCAAACCCACCAGUAAAGAGUUCAGGAAAACCUGGGGUUUUCGAAGAACCACAAUUGCCAAACGUGAGGGUGCAGGAGACACCGAGGUGGACCCCAGUGAGCAGCAACCACAACAGCAUAACCUCUCCCUGCGCCGCAGUGGACGGCAGCCAAAGCGGACCGAAAGGGUAGAAGAGUUCCUUACUACUGUUCGGCGCCGAGGGAGAAAAAAUGUGCCGGUGUCCCUGGAGGAUUCCAGUGAGCCCACGUCCUCCACAGUCACUGAUGUGGAGACAGCUUCUGAGGGGAGCGUUGAAAGCAGUUCUGAGAUCAGAAGUGGCCCUGCACCUGGCACCUUAGGGAAAGAACAUCCUUCCUCUUCUGAAAAGGUGAAAGGAGGUGAUGAGGAAGAAGACACCUCUGACAGUGACAGUGAUGGUCUUACGCUGAAGGAACUUCAGAACCGCCUUCGAAGAAAGCGAGAGCAGGAACCUGUGGAGAGGUCCCUGAGAGGCAUUCAGAAUCGACUGCGGAAGCAGCGCCGAGAGGAAGAUCCUGCCGAAGCUGGGAGUGUCCAGAUAGGCAGUAUUGAGGAGGACACACCUCGCUGUAAGCAGGAGCCUGAGGCUAGCCAGGGACCAGUGUCCCAGUCAGAGAAAGAUGACAGAGAAAAUCAGUUGGAGGGGAAAGCGACUCAGGGAAGUAAGGAGGAAAGCCCCAGGGAAGCUGGCAAACCAAAGCCUGAGUGUGAGGUUUACGACCCCAAUGCCCUGUACUGCAUCUGCCGCCAGCCUCACAACAACAGGUUUAUGAUCUGCUGUGACCGGUGUGAAGAGUGGUUCCAUGGGGACUGCGUGGGGAUAUCUGAGGCCCGAGGGCGGCUCCUGGAGAGGAAUGGGGAGGACUACAUCUGCCCAAAUUGCACAAUUUUGCAAGUGCAGGAUGAGACGAGUAGCAGCGCCGCCGAUGAGCAGGAUGCUGGGUGCAGACCUGUAGGUGCUGAUGGCACAGACUGUACAAGCAUAGGGACAGUAGAGCAGAGGUCCGGAGAAGACCAGGGCAUAAAGGGUAGGAUUGAGAAGGCGGCAAACCCCAGCGGCAAGAAAAAGCUCAAGAUAUUCCAGCCCGUUGUAGAGGCUCCUGGUGCUGCUAAAUGCAUUGGCCCUGGGUGUUCCAAUGUAGCACAGCCUGACUCGGUGUAUUGCAGUAAUGAUUGCAUUCUCAAACAUGCUGCAGCUACCAUGAAAAUUCUAAGUUCAGGUAAAGAACAAAAACCAAAACCCAAGGAAAAGGUCAAGAUGAAGCCAGAAAAGUUCAGUCUUCCAAAAUGCAGUGUUCAGGCAGGGAUUAAAAUCUCUUCUGUGCACAAGAGACUAGCAUCAGAGAAAAGGGAAAACCCAGUGAAGAAAGUGACAUUGGCUUCCAGGAGUGAGACUUCUGUGAAGGAGGCAACUUGUGAGAGCACACCGUCCUGGGCAAGUGACCACAACUACAAUGCUGUGAAGCCUGAGAAGCCAGAGAAGCCCGAGAAGCCCACUGCGCUCUCACCCACCCUAUUGAGUAAAUCCAUGAAAGAUGACAAGAGAGUGGAGGAUAGAACAGUGGCGGCAGCUGCGGUCCCUAAGAAAGCAGUUCCUCCAGGCUCCGUGAUGGGCAGACAGACUUCACCUAGAAAUCUUGUUCCAAAGAAGCUUCCUCCUUACCCUAAUAUGGCAGGAGCGAAAACAGCCGUUAAGAAGCUGCCUUCAGGCUUCAAGGGUACCAUCCCCAAAAGGCCAUGGCCCUCAGCCACCCUGUCAGGUACUUCUGCCAGGCAGGCAGGACCAACACCUGUGAUAGCUGCUUCCAAAAAGUUGCCUGGCUCUGCUGCUGUGGUGGGAAUUGCCAGGAAACCAAUGUCUGCCAAUGUUCCUGCAGCCUCUCCAGUCCCAGGACGCCUUGGGCCUGUGAGCCCAGCUCCAUCACAACCCAAUUCACAAAUUCGACAAAAUAUAAGGCGCUCCUUGAAAGAGAUUUUGUGGAAAAGAGUCAAUGACAGCGAUGACUUAAUAAUGACAGAAAAUGAAGUAGGAAAAAUUGCCCUCCACAUUGAGAAGGAGAUGUUUAACUUGUUCCAGGUUACAGAUAAUCGCUAUAAGAGCAAAUAUCGCAGCAUCAUGUUCAACCUUAAGGAUCCUAAGAAUCAGGGCCUCUUCCAUCGUGUUCUUCGAGAAGAAAUCUCUUUGGCAAAACUUGUCAGAAUGAAGCCUGAAGAACUUGUAUCUAAAGAGCUUUCUAUGUGGACAGAGAAGCCCACAAAAUCUGUGAUAGAGUCCAGGACUAAGUUGCUUAAUGAAAGCAAGAAGAACUCUACUAAACCGGAAACCAUUCCUGACAUGGAAGAUUCUCCACCAGUAUCAGAUUCAGAAGAACAAGAGUCCGUGCGAGCCGCCCCUGAGAAGAGCACAGCACCCCUCCUGGAUGUCUUCAGCAGCAUGCUGAAGGACACCACCAGUCAGCAUCGGGCCCAUCUUUUUGAUUUAAACUGUAAAAUCUGUACAGGUCAGGUGCCAUCAUCGGAGGAUGAACCAGCUCCUAAGAAGCAAAAGCUUUCAGCUUCUUCGAAAAAAGAAGACUUGAAGGCCAGGCACGACAGCUCUCCACCUGACGCAGUUCCUAGCACUGCUGAUGAGGGGAUUGCAGAGACCCCUGAAAACACGUGUGAUCCAGACCUGGAGACCGUAUCUAGUCUGAACCAGGAGAGAAAGGGUUUCCCUGAGUCUGCAGGCGACAGCCAUCCUGAGCCCUCUUCUCUGGAUGGCCUUUCUUCCUCUUUUGCCUCUGGCGGGAGUGGGGUGGUCACUACAGUCACAGUGUCUGGUCGAGACCCCAGAACCGCCCUGAGUGGGUCAUGCACAGUCACAGCCUCCAUGGCAGCCCAUAUGGACAACUCCCAGACAUCAGAAACCAAACUGGAAAUACUAAAGCCUGCCUUGACUUCUGCAGUGGUGCCCAAGUCCAUACUGGCUAAGCCAUCCUCUUCUCCUGACCCGAGAUACCUGUCAGUGCCACCAUCACCCAAUACAAGCAUUUCAGAAUCACGAUCCCCGCCAGAAGGAGACACAACCCUCUUUUUGUCUCGACUCAGCACGAUUUGGAAAGGAUUUAUUAAUAUGCAAAGUGUAGCAAAAUUUGUCACUAAGGCAUAUCCUGUCUCUGGGUGUUUGGAUUAUCUCAGUGAGGAUUUGCCAGACACCAUCCACAUCGGUGGAAGGAUUGCGCCAAAGACUGUGUGGGAUUACGUUGGCAAACUCAAGUCGUCAGUGUCCAAGGAGCUCUGUCUGAUCCGCUUCCACCCUGCCACUGAGGAGGAGGAGGUUGCCUACAUCUCUCUCUACUCCUAUUUUAGCAGCCGUGGCCGCUUUGGGGUUGUAGCUAAUAACAACAGGCAUGUCAAGGACCUGUACCUGAUUCCACUGAGUGCUAAGGACCCUGUGCCAUCCAAACUCUUGCCCUUUGAGGGCCCAGGUCUUGAAUCACCUCGUCCAAAUAUAAUACUUGGGUUAGUAAUAUGUCAGAAAGUGAAACGUCCUUCAAGUGCAGGCGAGUUAGACAAGACAGAUGAGAAGCGGCCUCGACUCCAACAGGAGGAAACAGAAACUUCAGUCUAUCCCAAAGUAACUGCAGCUUUGCCGUCCGAGAAGAAGCCUCCCAAGUACAGUGUGCACUCUGCAGACACAACUGCCAGCAGCACCACACCCCCUGGUUCUCCUCCACCCCCUCCUCCUCUUCCUGAACCCCCAGUAUUGAAAAUACUGUCAUCCCUCAAGCCAGGGUCCACCAGCACUGUCACAGCGCCCACAACAUCAGCAGUGAUCACUACCACAGCUUCCCCGGUUACUGCUGCCACUUCAAAAACAGCCUCACCUCUGGAACACAUCCUGCAGACUCUCUUUGGGAAAAAGAAAUCAUUUGAGCCAUCUGGUAAAGAAUCUGUUGGGUCUACUCUAGCUCCACAUCAUGAUUCCAAGGCCAAGGGGGAGGACACCAUGUCAGCAGCUCCUUUGUUGGAUCCAAUUGUUCAACAGUUUGGUCAGUUCUCAAAAGACAAGGCUCUGGAGGAGGAGGAGGAGGAUGACAGGCCGUACGACCCUGAGGAAGAGUACAACCCUGAUCGAGCCUUUCAUACCCUGCUUGCUGAACCAGGGAGGCCUCAUGAUGUGCCAAGUGUUCCUGAGACAGCUGAGAGGGAAGAGGUGGCCUAUGACCCAGAAGAUGAGACCAUCUUAGAAGAAGCCAAAGUGACCAUUGAUGACUUGCCCAAUCGCAUGUGUGUGAAAGUCAGCUCCACAGAAAGGCCUGCCGACUUCUCCACCGAUGCCUCCAGUGCCUCUCUGGUAGAGCAGCAAAAGAUGUUAGAAGAGCUAAAUAAGCAGAUUGAGGAGCAGAAGAGGCAGCUGGAGGAGCAGGAAGAAGCCCUUCGACAGCAGAGGGCUGCUGUAGGUGUGUCCAUGGCACACUUCUCUGUUUCAGAUGCACUGAUGUCACCACCUCCCAAGUCUUCCUUGGGCAAGACAGAGCUGUUCUCUCAAGAACAGCAAGCCCUGGACCCAAGUCAGGGCUCCCUGAGCACCAACCACAGCUUAGACUCAAGACAAAGUAGGGACCCAAGGCAGGCCAGGCGACUUGCUGCAGAAAAUACCGAGAAUGAAUCUCUUCCCAGGGCCCCCACAGGAAGCACAUCUGGCCCACAAGGCACCCUACCUGCCCGGGAGACUCCUGCUGGGGCUGCAGUAGCCCAGGGGCCUGGGCUGGCUGCAGAAGCCAAGGAGUCGAUGGCUAGUCCCUGGGCUCCUGGUGAAAACACUGUGUUGAGACCUGAACAUGACAUCCAGAAAUGUGAGCACUCCAGUAACCCUGUCUCAUUACCCCUGGACACCAGCCACCUUCCUACAGCUGGGGAUGGCACAGCCAGGCCAGCACCACCCCGCAGAGUGCUGCUGCCCACACCCCCUAGCACCACCUUUCCACCCAGCUUCCCUUUGCAACCUGAGGCACAGAAUUUUAGUUCUGGAGGCAGGGAGCCUUUCUCAGGGCCCACAUUUCUGUCUCAGGAAACAUCUCUUGGUUCAUCCCAAUAUGAGGACCCCAGGGGUGCUCAGUCUGCUGGGAGAAGUGACAGCCCAGUAGCUGACAUGGAGGACAGCAGAGAGCCACAGCCCAGGCCUGGUGAGGGCGCUACUUCAUUCCCCUCACCUGCGCAGAGGGGAGGGGGCCCUCAGCCUCAGUUUCCAGGCCAGCGUGAACCUGCACCUCGCACUUUUGGGAUGUCAGGUCAUCAUGGCCCCAGUUUCCCAGGACCUAGGGGGCCAGUCCCUCCUUUUUCAGAAGAGAACAUUGUUCCUAACAGUGAUGGAUCAAGAGGCCCUCCGCCUCCCAGAUUUGGGGCACAGAAGCCACCAAUCCCUUCCUUAUUCUCCGGGCAACAUGGGCCACCUCCCUAUGGGGACAACAGGGGACUCUCACCUUCUUAUCUUGGUGGGCCCAGAGGAGGCGCACCAGCCCAAUUUGAAGAUCGCAAGGAUCCUCAUGGGGAGAAAAGGGAAUUCCAGGACACUCCCUACGAGAUGACAGGUGCCCCUGCUCAGUGUGAAGGGCCAGAUCAGGCCCAGUUCAUGGGGAACAGGGCACCCUUUCAGUUUGGAGGCCAGAGGCGGCCACUGCUAACUCAGAUAAAAGGGCCCCGUGGAGGACCUCCACCCUCUCAGUUUGGAGGCCAAAGGGGACCACCUCCUGGUCAUUUUGUCGGCCCACGUGGGCCCCACCCUAGUCAGUUUGAAACUUCACGGGGCACUCACCCUGGCCAGUUUGAAGGGGCCAGAGGCCAAGCACCAGGUUUCAUGCCAGGCCCCCGGGGCGUUCAGCCCCAGCAAUUUGAAGAGCAGAGAGUGAACUCACCACCAAGGUUUGCGGGCCAGAGGGCAUCAGCACCCCUGCCAUAUGGAGGACCAAGGGGCCCUGCACCCUUUCCUGAAAAAAAUGAGCAGCCGCCUUCUCGAUUUCACUUUCAAGGCCCAUCCUCACAGCCAGUGAAGCCUCCCCCUCGGCCCCUAUUGGAGCUACCGAGCCAUCCUCCUCAGCAUAGGAAGGACCGAUGGGAUGAGGCAGGCACAGCCACUGCUCUGCCUCCCAGUUCUGGACCUGGACAGGGCCAUGAGGCCGACGGGCAGUGGGCCACAUCAGAGUUCCGAGAAGGCAAGGGCCAUGAAUAUAGGAGCCCAGCAUUUGAAGGGAGACAGAGGGAGCGAUUUGAAGCAGGACCUAAAGAAAAGCCUCUGGACGAGCCUGAAGCCCAAGGGUUGGAAAGCCGGCAGGGCCGGGCAUUUGAGGAUAGGAGGCGAGAGCGAGAGAGAGGCAGAAACUGGAGUCGAGAAAAAGACUGGGAAAGGAGCCGGGACUGGGACCGGCAUCGGGAAUGGGACAAAGGCAGGGAUAGGAGCUCCAACAGGGACAGGGAGCGAGACACCGACAGGGGUAAGGAGUGGGACCGGAGCCGUGAGAGAAGUCGGAAUCGCGACCGGGACCGUGAAAGGCGGCGAGACCGAGACAGGUCCCGGAGCAGAGACCGAGACAGGGACCGUGAGAGAGCCCGAGACAGGGACAGGGACCGAGGCCGGGACCGGAAGGACCGCAGCAAGAGCAGAGAGAGCCCUCGGGACUUGAAACCUGAGGCCAGAACCUCUGAGGGGGGCCCUGCUGCAGCCCAGGCCUAGAGGCCAUUGCACUCAGGGCUGAUGACACGAUGCUGGUGUGGACAAAGACUUGUGUCAGCUAUUGUAUAUAGGCUCAGCCUGGCAAAGACCCCUUUAAAAGCCAAGUGCAUAAAAUGUAUUGAGCAAAGAGUUUUUGAAAUAGCUAUGAACUUAUAUGCAGGAUAUAAUAUUCUGGACUUCAGGAAUUACUGUAAUUUUGUGUAUAAUGGUUUGUUACAAAAUUUCCCAACUUUACAAUUCUGAUUUUUUAAAAAAAAUAAUUUCCAUUUAAAAUUAGAGAAAUGGGAAAAUGUCUACAAAAGCAUAUUGCUUUUUUCAGAUUAUAAAGUUUUUUCCAAUAACUUGACUGGUGUAAGUUUUAAGGGAAUUUCAGUGGAUCUUAGAGCUAGUUUCCCUGUGUAGCCAUCUCUGCUUCCGUCUGUCCGGGGGCUCUCAGUGCUGUCCCGGUCGGUCGGAAAGCACUGUUUCGGGGGUGAGCUGGGGAUUUUGUGCGCAAUUGCAGCUGUGGGAGAGCAGCCUUCUGAGGCCCAGCUCCCAGCAACACAUCACCUUAGAAGUUUUUUCAGAGCAUAAUUAGAAAUAAUCUGACCUAGUGGAAAUUGUUACAUUUUAAAUAACAAUUUAUUUUUAAAUGUUCAAAUUUAUCAGCCUAAAAAAAGAAGCAAAGCAGUUUAGAGCAGUUUUUAAGAGGGGAGAGACAGGAGUCAAGCACUGCCCAUUGCUGCCCUCUGAGUGGCUCUCUGCAGAUUCAGACUCCAGACAGGUGACAGGUUUGGAAGCUUCUCAGUGGGAUGGGGCAAUGUUUGUACCAAAUCUGGAAAUGAGGAUGGUGGUGAAGCAGCCUGCUUCAUGAAAGGCUAUCUGCUGUGUAGCCCCGGUUGCCUCUGAAGAUGCUGUGAGAAGGCCAGCUAACUUAACCUGACUGCAAAUAUGUUUGGUAGUUCCUUUUAUAUUUUCAUAAACUUACUUUUUCAGAUAGAGAAUUAGCUUCGUUUGUUCUUCGGUGUCUUAUUUCACUCCACACUGUACAUCACUACAGAUUUUUUUCACUUUAUAGCACAUGUUUUAAGUUGAAAAGAAAUGGGAAAAUAGCAAUUUGGGAUACUUGCUAUUGUAAACCAAAUAAACAGUAGGGUAAAUUACAUGAAAGUGUCAGUUUCAACAUCUAAUAAUAUGUGAAGGUUUUUUUUUUUUAAAUGUAAAGUAAAAUUUUCUAACUUAAAUGCACAAGCAUAAAAAUCAAGUGUGUUUCUUUAGGUUUACUUUGUAGAAAUUUCUGUACACUGUAUUUUGUAUUGCAGAGUGUUCUAUCACUGUCCAUUGAAACACAGGACUUCAUAGGUUUUGUUACUUGAAGUAGAAUAAAUAUCUACAGAGUU